CCCCGGUCCCUCGUUAGGGUACACGGCCUGACCCACGGGGAGCGGCACGCGAACACUCGGGGCGCGACCCUCAAGAGCACGGUGGACGCCGACUCCCGGCGCCUCUUAGAGCUUUCGCUCGGGUGUGCGGAUCCCACGCAGUCCGCCUGGGACUCAGGGAUGAAAGCGUUAACCUCUGCGGACGCCGGCUGGCGCGGUUCAGUCUCGCGAGAGUUUUUACAGAACAGUCAGGCUUUCUGUGGGCCCCGCCCCCAGCCCUGUUGGUUACCAAGCAACGAUGCAGCCCGCCCGGGAGCCGGGAGACUGCGGAGCUGGUCUCGCCCUUCCUCGGGGCCAGGGUCCGCGGUUCCGCCUGGAGCCCCGCCCCCUGCAUCCGCCGGCGCCCGGUUGGUCGGUGGUUCUCUCCAGCUGACCCUCCGCACUGUUUUGAAGACCGUCUUCCUGCCCCUCCUUCCAGACGCCUACCGGAGAGCCACCAUGUCCGGGCACUUUGGGUCUCCCUCGGAACACGGCAGCAACCGAACCGCCGGUCUUCGCAUGUCGGACAAGAAAUGUUCCUGGGCCUCCUACAUGACCAACUCCCCAACUCUCAUUGUGAUGAUUGGUUUGCCAGCCCGGGGGAAGACCUAUGUGUCCAAGAAACUAACACGCUACCUCAACUGGAUUGGGGUGCCCACCAAAGUGUUUAACCUGGGGGUGUACCGGCGCAAAGCGGUCAAGUCCUACAAGUCCUACGACUUCUUUCGACAUGACAACGAGGAGGCCAUGAAGAUCCGCAAACAGUGUGCUCUGGUGGCACUGGAAGAUGUUAAGGCGUACCUCACCGAGGAGAACGGGCAGAUUGCGGUGUUUGAUGCCACCAAUACCACCCGGGAAAGGAGGGAUUUGAUUUUGAACUUCGCACAGCAGAAUUCCUUCAAGGUGUUCUUUGUGGAAUCUGUGUGUGAUGAUCCUGAUGUUAUCGCUGCCAAUAUCAUGGAGGUAAAGGUGUCGAGCCCCGACUACCCCGAGAGGAACAGGGAGAAUGUGAUGGAGGACUUCCUGAAGAGAAUCGAGUGCUACAAAGUCACCUACCGACCCCUGGAUCCAGACAACUAUGACAAAGACCUCUCUUUCAUCAAGGUGAUAAAUGUGGGCCAGCGAUUUUUGGUCAACAGAGUGCAGGACUACAUCCAGAGCAAGAUAGUCUACUACCUCAUGAACAUCCACGUCCAGCCCCGCACCAUCUACCUUUGCCGGCACGGGGAGAGUGAAUUCAAUCUCGUGGGCAAGAUCGGGGGUGACUCCGGCCUCUCGGCGCGGGGAAAGCAGUUUGCUCAGGCUCUGAGGAAUUUUCUGAAGGAACAGGAGAUAGCAGAUCUGAAAGUGUGGACAAGCCAGUUGAAGAGGACCAUCCAGACCGCUGAGUCUCUCGGGGUGACCUACGAGCAGUGGAAGAUCCUGAAUGAGAUUGAUGCUGGCGUGUGCGAGGAAAUGACCUAUGCAGAGAUUGAGAAGCGGUACCCGGAAGAGUUUGCACUUCGAGAUCAAGAUAAGUAUCUGUACCGGUACCCAGGAGGCGAGUCAUACCAGGACCUGGUGCAGCGGCUCGAGCCUGUCAUCAUGGAGCUGGAACGGCAGGGCAACGUCCUGGUCAUCUCCCACCAGGCUGUCAUGCGCUGCCUCCUGGCCUACUUCCUGGACAAGGGCGCAGAUGAACUGCCGUACUUGAAGUGCCCUCUCCAUACCAUCUUCAAACUCACUCCAGUGGCCUACGGGUGUAAAGUAGAAACAAUUAAACUCAACGUGGAGGCCGUGAACACUCACCGUGACAAGCCCACUAACAACUUCCCCAAGAACCAAACCCCUGUAAGGAUGAGAAGGAACAGCUUUACGCCUCUGUCCAGUUCGAAUACAAUCAGGCGUCCAAGAAAUUACAGUGUUGGGAGCCGGCCCCUCAAGCCCCUCAGCCCUCUUCGUGCCCUGGACGUGCAAGAAGGGGCCGACCAGCCGAAGACCCAAGUCAGCAUUCCGGUGGUGUAACCGUGUGUGUCCCUCCGCCCUGGCCUCCUGCCCCUGUCACUAAUCACCUGCGCCCUGCCACUUCACCAUUAAUCUGAACACAGAUCCUGGGUCUGUGUUGUGGACCAGCUUCCGUCGACGGCCUCGCUCAGGGGCAGCUUGGCAGGUUGGGUCUUUUAGGAUAGGCGCUCAGCUGGGGUGGUCUGGAGGAGGAGGAACAGGAUACACUCUCCCGGGGCCAAGCACGCCCCUACACCUGCUCCUUUCUCUCUCGUGUCCAACUCCCCACCGUCCUGGUGCUGUGACAGUGGCAGGUAAGUGCAGGGAGACACGAAAGCCCAUUUCUCCUUCGCCUUUGUCUCUGGAAUGUGUGUUUCCUUCAUAGUCUUCGCUUGAUUGUUCUCCUCUUCCAGCUCACCCGUGGCUUGUCCGGUGUUGGUGUCUGGCAAGGAGGGGUGGUUGGCGAAGGAGAAGGCUAGGCCCCGACGCUGCCUUCUCCCAUGGGCCUGAAGGGAUCAGGACUCGGGGAGACUCUCCUUUGCCUUCUCCCUUCCUCUCCAGCCAGGUCCUGUAAGGGUCAGCCCAGGCUGCAGUCACCCAGAGAAUUCUCUGGAGCUUGCAAGUACACAUAGAGUGAGAGUUCUGGCCUCCUUUCCGAAGGAAUGAUCCUGUUUCUGAUGCUGUGAGAGGAGCUGGCUCUGGGGGCGGGAUGACAUCUUGGUGUGUUCUAGCUUGAAGAGCCCAGAGUAGAUCGUCUGUUACUGCAGGGUGGGCUGGGCCAGCAGGGCGGUCUCCAGCUCUCACACAGCACUUCCUGGAGCACUGCUCUCCUCUUCUGAGGUGCUCAGGUUCUGUGCCAGUCACAGCAGAUUCCAUGCCAAAGCCUGUGUCCUGUUCUUCUUGAGUUGUGCCGAGGUCUGAAGGGCCCCAUUUCCUAUCAUUUUCAGCACAGCCUCCUUAACUUAAAAAAAAAGCUGCUCUUCCCCCCGCCCCUCCAGGAGCAACCUUUUUUCCCCCCAAAUGUGGAAAAAGCUUGAUCAGAGUUUAAUCUCUCAUUUAGAAUAUUCCUUGUUCAUAAGGAGAAUCUAUCUCAUCUUAGUGUCCAGAGGAGUCCUUGGCACACUGAAGUCUGACUCUUUUUAUUUGUUCACUUCUGUCAUUUUCUUUGUAGGGUUAGACAGGAAAUAUUUAAAUUCAUAGUCCCUUCGUGGCCAAUAAUGGCUUUCUCUCAGUCCCAGUGGAGUAGAAAAUGUAUGAAUGUGGAUAUGUAUAUUUUGCUGAGAGGCAAGUCUAGAGUUCUCAUGAGACUUUUUUAAAAAGAUGGGUGGCUCCUCACUGCAAAGUUAUGAAUUUGUCUUUUAGAGGAAGUCAUCAAUUUUCCGAGGACAGUCGUGUUUGGUAAUAGAAGACUGGUCUUGGUUCUCACCCGUAGUGUUCUUUAGAGAGCUCUUUAGAACUUUGGGACACGUGUCUGGGUCCACCUGGGUCAGGCUCAGUAGUGGCUCACUGCGUCUAGCUUGGAGUCUGGACAUGUGGUGUUUCUAUGCUUCCCUGAUGAUUCUGAUUCAUUCCCAGUAGCUCCACCCUAUCAACUUGGGUGGGAAAACACUCGGGCAAAGUGUCAGCCUCCGAGUUCUGAAUUGCCUCCUGGUUCUGAAAGGACAGUUCUGUGCAGUUAGAUGUUUGAGCACUUGACAGUUUGAGAUGAAGUCACCCCCUCGAAGGCAGGCUGCUUCAAACAACCCUUUUUAUUAAAGGCUUGUUCCAGGCUCUUGUCCCAUCUCUGACACUUUACUUUGCAGGGUAAUUAAAAGAAAUCACUGGAUUGAAUAAAUGUCUUUGGUUGAAAGCUGAGGGUUUUAAGCACCUUGGAGAGGGGCACCAGUGAUGAAAGUCGGCAGCACCGGGAGCUGACUGCUGACCUUGAGCCCUUUGCUCUUACGUGUCCAGUAGAAUCCCGCAGCCAGUGUCCACACUCGGGGGGCUAGAUUCUUCCUGCAGUUGUGUCCGGGACAGUCACCUGCCGUCACACAUUGUCUUUAGUGGCGUUGGUUUUGGCAGCGUUGGGGGGGUGGGUUUGUUUAGUGUCUUUGCUUUUGGGGCUUUGAGCUGGGUGGGGGAAGGACACAGGGAAGUAGUAGAACGGGUCCUUGUCCUGGGAAGCAGGACCUGUAUAACCAGUGAGCACUUGCCGGAGAGAGCUCCGAGUGUAGAGAGAAGGGGCAGUGGAGAGCAGAUUGCUCUUCCUCGCUUUUCUCCUGUCCUGGGGCUGCUGGGAGACGGGGUCUGGGAGGGGUUCUGCAGUGGGGUCUGGCAGGUCAGUGCCUGCAGCAUGUUUCAAGGUUGCCUUGUCUGCUGUGCUUGGGUGGUGGCAUCUGUGGCCCACAUGGCACGAUUCAGCCUUUCCUCGUGCUGGGAGGUGAGAGUAGAGUGAGAAGCUGGAACUCGGUGAUCUCAAGACCCUGGAUUUGGCUACACUCACCAUGAAGGAGAGGGGAUUUGUGGUGAAGUAGCACCCUGUUAGCCUGUUAAAGCCCCGGCACUGGAGACAGGUCCAGGGAACGUUCACUCUGGCUCUCAGCCUGCUGAUUGUGUUUCCACUCUCCCUGGCCCCCUUGCUGGUCUGUUUCCCCCGCAGGAGCUGAGGUGGUCUUACUGCCCUCAGAUAGGACACGAGCAACUGGAAUUUGACAACCACAAGGGUUUCAGCGUCUUUCAGGCUUUAGAGCUAAGAGCCCUCAGAGAAGUUCAUCAGGAAAAUAGAGGGCGCGAGCUCUGAUUCCAAGCUUUAGAGACAGCCUGCUUGCCGUCUGUGCUCUCCCAUCCUCUCCCCUGCUUUCUUGAAUGUGUACUCAUGGUGUACGCACCUUGCUGUGCUUGUCUCAACCCCAAGUUCAACAGGGAAAGGGUGGACCCCACACCACCCUUUGCUGAUGUGCUGAGUUCUGUUAAAUAGGAAACCGGUGAAGACUUCAGCAUUUAAUCUACUGAUGUAAAAUAGGGAAAGGAAAUCAUGUUGUUAUUUGUGUGUGUGUGUGUGUGUGUGUGUGUGUUCUCUUGCUCUCAAAGCUGAUUGAGGAAAUUCCUGGCAGAUUUGAAAGCAGCAGCUCAGGCAGCCACUUCCCAUUCCGGCCUCCUCAUCUUCCAGUUGGAAUUUAGCACUUACUUUUUAUCUCUGUUAUCUGUUGUUUUGAUAAAGGGGUAGUUGAAAAAAUAGAAGAAAGAUCUUUUAAAAACAUGCAGUGCUGGGGAUGAUAUGCCCCAUUCAUUCUCUGGCUUCUUGACUGCUCGUGUGAGAUCAGGGGCAGACCCUUGCAAGCCACACUUGAUGUUCAGAGGUGGUGAGGUUUGGAGGGAACAUUUGGCACAGCUGUUUGGGAAUAAAGCCACCUUGUGGUUUUCCUGUGAGCAGGAUUCCGGAGUGAUCAGGAAACAGUGGUGCUUAGCCCGAGGACAAGGGAAGCACACUCAGUAACUGUGAGAAGUGUAUGUGGGUGAGGGGAUCUUAGGAAAGUUCUACUGUCUUUGCCAAGUCCAAAAGCUGUGUUGUAUUGCUGUCAAGAAAUUGGAUAGAUUUACACAGCUUUCCUAGUGUGCAUUUUGGCUUGCUUGUAUUUGGAAAUACUUUUUUUUUUUUUUUUUUUUUUUUUUAAUGUAUAGCAAGAAUAGGUGUUCACAGAGGGUUGCCCUCCUUGGGAUGCCUCCAUCCCAUCCUGCAGUGCCUGGUUCAAGUCCCAGCUACUCCAUACUUCUGAUCCGGCUCCCUGCUAGUGUGCCUGGGAGGCAGAGAAUGAUGGCCCAAGUACCUGGGUUCCUGCCACCCAUGCGGGAGACUUGGAUGGAGGGAACUUCUGGCUUCUGGCAGUGGUCUGGCCCAACCCAGGCUGUUUCAGGCAUUUGAGGAGUGAACCAGUGGAUAGAAGAUCUCUACCUCCCCCCCUCCCAACUUUCAAAUAAAUAAAUAAAAAUUUUUAAGCAGAAAUUUUAAAAUAUGUAACAACUGAGUCCGUUUGCAGCAUUGGUGGGCUCUUUGGCUUCUCCUGGCCAUGGCACAGACUUCAGACGUGUGCCCAAGAAUUUACUCUUAGACUCCCAGUCCCCAGGAUCUGUACAUCCUCUGUGAUGGACUCUAGGGGUGUGUGUGCCAGCUGAUAGGCUCACAGGGUCCAUAAGCCAGCAGUCCACCUGCUUUCUGAUUGUAGCUUGGUGGUGUACGUGCGGCAUCGUAAUUCUCGGUCUACAGCACCUGUCUAUAAAGAAAAGAUUCAACACGCCAUGCUUUCUCUUUUUAGGGAAAUUCUCUACACUCUGGUUUUAAUAUUAAUAGACAUUUCUUGUCCAGUAGCAGCCAAAUUCUCAUCAUUUUGUAAAAGAUGAUGGUUGAGUAUCACUGGAAUGGUAUUUUGUGAACUCAUCCGAGGGAACGUGUGUUCAGAGCCUGAAGUUGUGACAUGUACUCACCCAGUCCCCUUCAGGGCAGGGCUUUGUGUCACCAUCUGUUUCUGAACCUUCUAUGCCUGCAGCUGACUCUGUUGAGGAGUGUCGCAUUCCCCUGGGUAGUGGUGCUGUUUUUGUCUGCUGUGAACUUGGCUUUUAUUCCUAAUCUGAUAAAUAGAAAUACAGAGGAGAUUUUGUGAUGAAGAAAUGGGUGGGUAAAUGUGGGUAAAUGUGUUCUUUCCAGUCAGUCUCUUACUGGAUAUCAGUGGCCAAUAUCUACCUACUUUCAAUGUGAUUGUAUCUGAUUUGUUGUAUAUAUUUUGUUUGCUAUUGAAGUAAGACAAUUAACUCAUUCUGAUAUGGUGAUGAUUUUACUGUGGCAACAGCAAAGGACUGAUCACAAGCAGUGCCCUUUGGAGGGAGGUGGGAGUGAGGGAGGGCUGAGGUCCCUGGGUUGGAUGGGGAUGGGCUGCACUGGGAAGCCAGGAACAAAGUUCUGCUGUGGUUCCCUAGGCACUGCUCUGUUGACAGUGAGAAUGUAAAUCUGUAGUGCUGUUCUGAUUUAAUUGGUGACACUGAUGAGAAAAUUCACCAGAGGCGUGUACAACUGUAUUUGAAAUGUGCUUUGUGUGUGUGUGUGCGCGUGUGCGCGUAUGUGUGUAGACUGGGCAAAUAAAAUUGUUGAGUAACUUGAA